GAUCACAUAGUUUUAGAAGAAUUAACACCUGAGAAAGGACAGGUGAUUGCCAAUCAACAUCCAGUUUAUAUCAUCCCAAAUGACGGCGUUUACGUUCUUGGAGUAAAAGUGGUUGGCGAUGGCUUCAACCUGGGAGUACAUGUAGAAAUGCGCAGCGAUUAUGGCUAUUUAUCAGCUGCAGAUUGGCCCCUUUUACCAUUUUAUGGCUUUAUGUGCAUAUUUUAUGUAAUCUUAGGUUUACUCUGGAUGGUAAUGUCAUUCCUGCAAUGGCGUGAUAUGCUUCGAGUACAAUUCUGGAUCGGCGGCGUCAUCUUGCUUGGAAUGUUGGAAAAAGCGACGUUUUACGCGGAAUAUCAAAGCAUCAACAAUACUGGUUCACGGGUUCAAGGAGCAAUGUUGGGUGCUGAAUGGGUUUCAUGCGCGAAGAGAACUUUGGCUCGCAUGUUAGUUGUUAUUGUGAGUUUGGGCUUUGGAAUUGUCAAACCACGACUUGGCGCAGCCCUACACCGAGUCGUUGGCGUGGGUAUGCUGUACUUUUUCCUAGCGUCGUCUGAAGCUUACCUUAGGGUGACUCGUCGAAAAAAUGGUCAAGAUAGAGAUUUGCUGGUGGCAUCUGUCCCCCUGGCUGUUUUGGAUUCAGCGAUCUGUUGGUGGAUAUUUAGCGCUUUGGUCAACACGACGCGAACACUGCGGUUACGUAGGAAUGAAGUCAAGUUGAAUCUCUAUAGGCACUUUACUAACACGCUCAUCUUCUCCGUGGCUGCUUCUGUCAUAUUUAUGCUAUACUCGAUUAAAACGCAUCGUGUUGUCACGUGUCUGAUGAUCUGGAAAGACCUCUGGUUGGAAGAAGCUUAUUGGCAUAUUCUAUUCUCCGCACUUCUACUAGUUAUCAUGGUGUUGUGGAGAC